AUGGCGCAGACCGAGGUGGAGGGCUCGAAGGUGAGCACGAAGAAGAGUGGGAAGAGGAAGGCGAAGGAGUCAAGCGAUGAAGAGGAAGUACCGACCGUCAAGCCGCCAAAGAAGAAGCGUGCGAUGAAGGAAUACAAGAGCAAGGAGUUCAUCGAAAGUGAAGACGAGACUCCGGCACUGCCUUCCAAUCUACCCGCCAAGACCGCAGGGGACUCUAACGACGGUGUUGCGAAGACGAACGCCCCUGCCAAACCUGUCAAACAGACAACGAGGAUGACGGCGACGCCUCAUGUCGCACCGAAGGGGAAGGCAAAGGGGAAGGCAAAGGCGACGGCAAAGGGGAAGGCGACGGCGAAGGGGAAGGCGACGGCGAAGGGGAAGGCGACGGCGAAGGGGAAGGCGAAGGUGACGGUGUCGCAGAAGGACAUGUGGAAAAAGAUGUCCACCCGCGUGUCUGACUUCAUGUGGGCACACGCAACAGAUUCGCUCGUCCCUUGCGUUGGCUGCCAGGAGAAAGAGUGGCCAUGCAAGCUCAACACCGCCAACUUCGGUCGCUGCCUCGAAUGUGCAGCACGAGGGGUCAGUUGCAGCAUCGCGCCGAGGAACACGGACGGCGUGCCCCUGCGAGGAAACUCACACACCGCACAGCGUGAGUUCCAAGAGAUGUGCGCAGUGCUGGUGGUAGAGGGCAAGCCACUGCCCACGUCGCCACCUCCAUACGACGUCAAGGUCGACUCCGAUGAGCCCGACGGUGCAGAACCCAUGGUCAUGGGAGCGUCGAAGCGCAAGCCGCCGAAGAAGACCAAGAUGCGCAAUGCUGCAGCAUCCAGCUCCAAGGUCAAGGGUGGUGAGGAGGUCGAGGUGAUGAAGCAGAAGGCGACCGUCACGCCCUAUGAAGCCAACGCUGAAGGCGAGGCCUUGGUGGAGAAAUCGUCGAAGUCCAAGCGCGCCACCAAGUCCGCCACCGCCACUGGAGCUGUGGCUCUGUCCAACUCUGGUGAGGUCACCAACUCUGGCGAGGUCUCCAACUCUGGCGCGCCUGCCAAGUCUGGUGUGGUCGCCAAACCUGGCGAAGGUAAGAAAUCAGGACCCAAGGCAAAGCCGGUGAGGAGCCAAAACUCAGGUGCGCAAGAUGGUGGUGAGGUCACCAGGACCUCAGUACGUGAGCCGGAUGAGGUCCCGCCUGCCAAGUCUGUUGCGAAGGAGGGCGGGCAGAUGACAAGGGUGGCGAUGGGAGGUCGCUCGGGCCCAAUGGUGCCCGUGAUCACCAGGAAGGCGAAGGCGAGUGCUCCCAAGGCAGCAGCCAAGAUGCCUCUGGCGGAAGGCGAUGGCAUGGAGGAAGCCGCCAGGCUGGCAAUGGAGGCGGUGCGGGCCACUGGUCUCCUGGCUCGGCCCUUCGUCUCCUCCACUUGGAAUGAUUGGUUUGUCAGCCAUGGGGGCAGGCUGGUGAGCCUUGUGAACUUUGGCAGCAGUAGCAGCGCCAUCGUGAGUUCUUGCAGAGGCAUCACCUUCCUGCUCCUCCUGGCCCCCAAGGCCAUCGCCACCUUGUGGGGCACCGCGUAUGGCAGGCUUGCUCACUGGCUUCACCAUGGCAUGGGUGAUGUUCCCUUCCACCAUGUCCAAGGUAAUGAUCUCGCAACAGCGAAGCAGCUGCUCUACUGCAUCAAAUGA